UUUUAAAAUGCUUACUCUGGCCUGGGAAUCACAGCAAGUGAAGUUUCUCAAGUCUCUUGAUAAUUCUGCAGUGCUUGGAAAGACAGCGCUUGGGUGCAGUGACAACAUCCAGGAAAAAGAAAAUAUGUCUUUGUAGGACUGUACUCUCUCAAGAGAGGGAGAUUGAGAGGCAGAGAUUAUGACUGCUGUUAUUUUUCCAGUUGGACCUCUGAGUUCUGAAGUUACUGAGCCAGAUGGAGAUCUUCACCUUCAGACAGAAGAAGCAGAGCUGGUGAAGGAAUCAGUGACGUUUAAGGAUGUGGCAAUAGACUUCACAUUGGAGGAGUGGAGGUUGAUGGACCCUACACAGAAGAAUCUGCACAAAGAUGUGAUGCUAGAGAAUUAUAGAAAUCUUGUCUCGCUGGGGCUUGCAGUUUCUAAACCAGACAUGAUAUCUCAUUUGGAGAAUGGGAAAGGACCAUGGGCAGUGGUAAGAGAAAUUUCGAGAACUCCCUAUCCAGCUAAGAAUGUUAUACUUACAGAGAAUAUUUUUGAAGAAGAUUUAUUACAGGAGACUGUUGUAGAGAAAAUUGCAGAGAGUGGUCUCUGGGAUUCCAGAAAGGGAGGAUUAUGGAAAUGGAGGGACACAAUAUUAAAAUUGCAAAAUAGCGAGAAGAGUCAUUUGAGUCAAAGAAGAGUACCACACAAGAAAAUUUCCACUGAUCAAAGAGACUUUAGAUUUGGGUCUGUUCUUUUUCCAGAACCAGGAAUUAUCACAGAAGAGCCCCAUGGCAAAUUCAAAAUACAUGAGGAAAACUUCACAGAGAAUUUAGAUUUGAUUACAGAUUCUCAUUUGGGAAAGAUAAUUUGCAAGGAUAUGGAAGGUAACAAAACUAUAAAGCAGACUUCAGAAUUUAGUUCAGGGGGAAAAUCCAAUAAUAAAGAAAAACCCUAUAAAUGUAGUACAUGUGAAAAAGCCUUUCGUUAUAGGUCAUUACUCAUUCAACAUCAGAGAAUUCACACUAAAGAAAAACCUUACAAAUGUAAUGAAUGUGGGAAAACGUUCAGCCAGCCUUCCUAUCUUAGUCAACAUAAAAAAAUUCACACUGGAGAAAAACCCUAUAAAUGUAAUGAAUGUGGAAAAGCUUUCAUUGCUUCAUCUUCACUUAUGGUACAUCAAAGAAUUCAUACUAAGGAGAAACCUUAUCAGUGCAAUGUUUGUGGAAAAUCCUUUAGCCAGUGUGCCCGCCUUAAUCAGCACCAGAGAAUUCAAACUGGAGAGAAGUCCUAUAAAUGCAGUGAAUGCGGGAAAGCAUUUAGUGACAAAUCAAAACUUUCAAGACAUCAGGAAACUCAUAAUGGUGAAAAACCCUACAAAUGUAAUGACUGUGGGAAAGCCUUUCGGAAUAAGUCAUAUCUUAGUGUACAUCAGAAGACCCAUACUGAGGAGAAACCUUACAAAUGCAAUGAGUGUGGGAAAUCUUUUAAAAAUACCACAAUUUUUAAUGUUCAUCAACGAAUUCAUACUGGAGAGAAACCCUUUAGAUGUAAUGAAUGUGGGAAAGCUUAUAGAAGUAAUUCAAGCCUUAUUGUACAUAUCAGAACUCAUACAGGGGAAAAACCCUACGAAUGUAAUGAUUGUGGGAAAGCAUUCAACCGCAUAGCAAAUUUCACAGAACAUCAGAGAAUUCAUACAGGAGAGAAACCCUAUAAAUGUAAUGAAUGUGGGAAAGCAUUUAUUAAUUAUUCAUGCCUUACUGUACAUCACCGGAUGCAUACAGGAGAGAAACCUUAUAAGUGUAAUGAAUGUGGAAAGGCCUUCAUGCGUUCUUCAUCUCUAAUUAUACAUCAGCGUAUUCAUACUGAAGAGAAACCUUAUCUAUGUAAUGAAUGUGGGGAAUCCUUCAGAAUAAAAUCGCACUUAACUGUACAUCAGAGAAUUCAUACUGGAGAGAAACCAUAUAAGUGUACUGACUGUGAGAGGGCAUUCACCAAAAUGGUAAAUCUCAAGGAGCAUCAGAAAAUUCAUACAGGAGUGAAACCCUAUAAAUGUUAUGAUUGUGGAAAGUCCUUCAGGACAAAAUCAUACCUUAUUGUGCAUCAAAGGACACAUACUGGAGAAAAACCAUAUAAAUGUAAUGAAUGUGAGAAAGCUUUCACUAAUACAUCACAGCUUACUGUGCAUCAAAGAAGGCACACUGGAGAAAAACCCUAUAAAUGUAAUGAGUGUGGGAAGGUUUUCACAAGUAAUUCAGGCUUUAACACUCAUCAGCGAACACAUACUGGAGAGAAACCAUUCAAAUGCAAUGACUGUGGAAAAGCAUUUAGCCAGAUGGUGCAUGUCACAGAACACAAGAAAAUCCAUAGUGGAGAAAAGCCCUAUAAGUGUGAUGUCUGUGGAAAAGCCUUCAGGAGAGGUUCAUACCUCACAGUGCACUGGAGAACACAUACUGGUGAAAAGCCUUAUACUUGUAAGGAAUGUGGUAAAGGUUGUAUUACUCUAUCACAACUAACUCUACAUCAGAGAAUUCAUACUGGGGAAAGGCCUUACAAAUGUGAAGAAUGUGGAAAAGCCUUCAGAACUAACUCAGACUUCACUGUACACCUGAGAAUGCAUACUGGAGAAAAACCCUAUAAAUGUAAUGAAUGUGGAAAAGCCUUCAGGAGUAGUUCAAGCCUUACUGUACAUCAAAGAAUACAUCAAAGAAAGACUCAGUUAAUAUAGAGAACAAUAAAUUGUUGAUCCAGAUAUUAGCUCCAUAAUAAGAAUCUUAUAAACUUUAUUUUAUGAAUAUAGAAAAAUCUUCAGUAGAAAUUCAUGGAAAAUAUACUCUGACAAGACACUCUGAAUAUAAUGAAUGUGGAAAAGCAUUUAAUUAUAUUAAAUCUUAAAAGUUAUAAGAAAUUCACUCUAGAAAAAAAAGUGGACAAAUGAAAACCUUCAUGCAGAUUUCAUACUUUACUCAUUUAAAAAUUAUCAAAAAUUAAUUGCCUGUAUAUCUAUUUGCCUAUUUUAUGAGUUUGUCUGCCUUUUCUUAUAAAUCUAGAGGUGCUUUUUAUAUGUUUUUGAUAUUAAUUCCUUGUCAUGGUUGUAACAAAUGUUUUUCUCAAUCUAGAAAUUAUACUUUUCUAUAUAGGAAAGAUAUAUCAUUUUAAUUUUGUAAUAAAAUUAAUCCUUUUAAGUUCUCAAUUUACUUUUUUAAUAAAAAGGGGUAUCUUUAAUCCCUAAGUUAUACAAAAUCUUCUAAAUUUAUUUCCAGGAUUUUUACAUUUUUUUACAUUUAAUAUUUAAUCUAGAUGAAUUAAACAUCUGGAUUGAACGACUUUGUAGAAGAGCAAUUUCAAAUGGCCAUUAACCUAUAGAAAGAUUUAAACCUAAGUGGUACUCAGGGAGAUGCAUAUUUAAGCCAGUAAUGAGAUGAAAGUUCCACUCUUUGGAGUUGGCAAAAAUUAACCUUUUCUUUGUUAAUGGAGUUAUAGUUUCAUCAGCAAUCAGCAAUAUAUUAUUGAAAAUUCUCUUUGACCCAGCAUUCUCACUUUUGGGUCUCUGACUCAUUGAAAUAAAUGCAGCAGCAGUGCAUAAGAAUAUAAAGGUGUUUGUUGCAGUAUUGCUUUUUAGGGUGAAAAAGAAACCCCAACUAGAAACAUACUGCCAAUUAACAGGGAAAUGGUUGGAGAUUUGUGACAUAUAUGUGUUUUGGAACAGUCUGAGAAUAAUUUUUAAAAUGAGUUACAUGAACUGACUGCAAGAUUUUUCCACAAUACUUUGCUUAAAUAAUUGCUUUCCAACAGACGUAUUUAUAGAAGACUUCAUUUACAUUGAAGUAAUGACCACAGCAUAUUGUAUAAUUAUGUGUGAUUGUAUGUACAUAACGAAUAUAAACCAGACCAUUGAUAUUGGUAACCUUGAAAGGAGGGAGAAAAGGAGAAGUGGGAAUAAGGGAUAUGGAGAAAAAAAUAUAAAAUGUAAAUGUAGCAUGUAUGAUAUAAAACUGUGUAACAUGAUGUAUUUGUGUGACCAUUAGAAAGGUAAAUGAAGAGAUGCUUUCCAAGAGUUAAUGAGAGUUGCUUUAGGUUGGCGGUCUGUCACGUGUCAUUUGUUUGCAGUUCUUUUCUGUGCUUUUCUGUAUUUUUACUUUUCUUUGCACUGAACAUGUAGUAACUAUAUAAAAAGGAAAAACAUUU